AUGCAACAGACUCCGGCAAGGGAAAUGGAAUAUAUGUAUAUUUGCGCGCCUCCAGUUGAGGACAUACAAAUUGAUAAGGUUAUUGUGCACAAGGAUUUCUCGCAAUUUACUGGUCAUAAUGAUAUAGAAUUGAUCAAACUAUCAAAGGAAGUGGUCAGGGACGAGAAUGGGAAACUGAAAGAUAAUAUUCAGCCAAUAUGCUUGCCGCUAGACGAUACACUGCAGAAGUUGACCGAAAGUCAGGAAGAGUUUCUUGUAACUGGUUGGGGAAAAACGGAAACUGCAGACUUCUCUGAUGUAAUGUUAGAGACUAAGAUCACUCAAAAGACUCGCAAAGAUUGCCGAAACAUUACAUCAUCCCAGUUGUGCGCUGGUGACCUUGGCUUUGACUCUUGCAAUGGCGAUAUUGCCAAUAACCAGUAGCAUGUAGUUUUCUAUACAUAUGUACAUACAUAUAUACUAUAUAUGGUAAUUAAUAAAUAAGCACACACUUCCUAAA